AUGUCACUCCAAUCGACACGGGCUUCGAUCAGGUCACUCCUAUACAAUCUACCACCUCGAUUAGGCAGUUCAAGCACAUACAGGACCUUCGCAACCGUGGUCGAAGGAACCUCGAGCUCGGUUGCGAACGACGGCUCGACCUCAUCGCCACCGGCGUACGAGACGCUUGUCAUCGGAGGAGGCCAUGCAGGGUGUGAAGCAGCCGCAGCAUCGGCGAGAGCAGGAGCGAGGACGCUUUUGCUCACCCAACGCCUCGAUACGAUCGGCGAGAUGAGCUGUAAUCCCAGCUUCGGAGGUCGGUUGUCGCCUGGAGUUGGGUCUGCUACCGUGGACGGUGCUGAUGAGUGUCUGUUCAUGCUCGAUCAGGCAUCGGGAAAGGGACACUGGUCAGAGAGAUAGAUGCUCUGGAUGGCCUGUGCGCCAAAGUCUGUGGUCAGUAACCGAUCGUGUGUUCCGCGACUCCCUGCCGAGGACAGCUCUGACCACCUGGUCACCCCGGCCGAACAGACGUUGCCGGAAUACAAUUCCACGUCUUGAAUAGGUCCAAAGGGCCAGCUGUGCAUGUGCGUGCGCCCAAUGUCCUCCUCGCAGACGGAGCGCCACUCACCUGUCGGUCUUCUCCGCAGGGUCCUCGAGCUCAAAUCGAUCGAAAACUGUACAAGCGCGAAAUGCAGGCGGUGCUCUCCAAGUACCCAAAUCUGACAAUACGCUCCGCCAAUGUCAAGGACGUCGUACUCUCGAACCCUCUUGAUGGACAGACGGAGCGGAAAGUUGUCGGGCUGAGAGUUGGUGAGCUUGCCACCCGAGGCACCACUGUGAAAGACGUGCUGAUUCUGACGCUCCGCUCUUUGCUUCUUUGCUGUUCAGACCAGGGCGAAGUGAUCCCCUGCAAGUCGAUCGUGAUCUCUACGGGGACCUUCCUUGGAGGUGAAACCCACAUCGGAUUGGAAGUAACACCCUUCGGCCGAAUAAACGAACCCGCUGCGCAUUCGCUCUCCCGCUCGCUCAAAGGAGCCGGCUUCGAAUUGGCUCGCCUCAAGACAGGGACACCACCUCGGCUCAGAAAGGACACGAUCAACUAUGAUGGCUUACUGCAACAAGUUGGCGAUCGACCGGCGAAUCCUUUCAGUUUCAUGACCGAUCGAGUCGCGAAUGAGGACAACCAGGUGUCCUGUUAUCAAACGGCGACGAAUGCGAAAACGCACGAGAUCGUUUCCAAAAACCUACAUACAUCGAUCCACAUUCGGGAAACGAUAAAAGGGCCGCGAUACUGUCCUUCGAUCGAGUCGAAGGUGAUUCGAUUCGGCGACAAGCUGUCACAUACCGUUUGGCUCGAGCCGGAGGGCUACGACUCGAACUUGAUCUACCCGAAUGGAAUCUCAGUCACGCUACCAGCCGAGACGCAGCUAGAAAUGCUGCGCUCGAUCCGUGGGCUGGAGAACGUCGAAAUGACGCAACCUGGGUACGGUGUCGAAUACGACCACGUCGAUCCUAGGGAGCUGGACCAUACGUUCGAGACGAAGCGGAUUAGGGGCUUGUUCUUGGCGGGCCAGAUCAACGGUACGACGGGGUACGAAGAAGCUGCGGCUCAGGGGGUCUUAGCGGGGAUUAAUGCGGGUCUAUCGGCUUUGGGCAAGGAUAUGAUGAUUCUGUCGAGGGCGGAUGGGUUCAUCGGCGUUUUGGUCGACGAUCUGGUCACCAAGGGUGUCAACGAGCCUUGUGAGUCGCGCUUGGAGAUUGCAUUUGCGAUAAUUCAUUUGUCUGACGCGCCGGGGUUCCAUUCUUAGACCGCAUGUUCACCUCCCGAUCCGAGUAUCGUGUUUCGAUCCGAUCCGACAAUGCAGACUUGCGCCUCACCGAACUGGCGAGCAAGUUCGGCGUCAUUUCCGAUGCCCGGCGGAUCCAUCUCGAAUCGACCCGAUCCACGCUCCACGCUGGAAUCGCCAUGAUGGAGAAUUUCAUUCUUCCUCCCGAGUACUGGAAUAUUCGAGGCUUCGAUGUCCGAAGGGACGGCAUCCGUCGCUCGGCGUUCGACUUGCUGCAUUACAAGGGGGUCGAUGUGACUCGCUUGGAAGGGGUGGUACCGGGGUUGGACGGGUUCGACCCCAAGCUGAAGGAGCGGAUCUACAUUGAGGGUCUGUACAAGCAACACAUCCUACGACAACAACACGAAGUCUCGCUCUUUCAAAGGGACGAAAACCUCCUUAUCGACCCAUCAGUUGAUUACGCGACGAUGCCAGGGAUGUCAACCGAGGUUCGACAGCGGCUCGAUCAGCAUCGUCCCAAGACCCUUGGGCAGGCGAAACGACUUGAAGGGGUUACACCGGCGAGUUUGGUUGGUCUGAUGAAGUGGGUUAGAAAGUCCCAUAAGGCUACCAAUGUCGCCCCUGUUGAGGAAUUGUGA